AUGGCGCCAUCGGGACAACGUGGGAGGUCCUCAUCUUUAUUCCCACUCUCAUCACCUCGUAGCCUAAGUUCGGAUCUCCUCGUAUCAUCGCCUACUGUUGCCGAAGGCCAAAGCCAACGACCGCCUCCGACGCGGCAACGCACGUCGAGAAGGAUGAGCCCGACAAGAUCAUCGGCACCCCAUGGCAACGGUGAGAAAACGACGUCCCAGAAGCGGGCGUCCUCGCUCGCCAGCUUCUUUAGCAAAAUCCUGCCGAGCAACCGCCCGGAGCAAGGAGGCACGCAGCGUACCGAUGCCCAUGACUGGACGGCCGAUGAAGAUGUCGACGCGGCGAUGGGCCCCAACGAGCUGACCGCAUGGAACCUGGCCAAGGAGAGGAACCCCGCAUAUCCUACAGACAUCGUCUCCGAAGACUUCAUUCACAGCCGAGGCUGGAGUUGGAGCCCGCAGAGGGGGGAUUCUAGGCAGAGGGGGGAUUCUAGGUUUGUUGAAAACUUGCCAAGAGAGCCACCCCGUGUGCGUGAACAGAUAGAAGCCGGACAGGAUCCCGAGCCGCUUCCACCUCGAAAGUCAGAGACGCUGAUGAGAACCGAGAUACACAACGUCUUCAAGUCCAAAGAAGAAACCAGAAAGAGUCGGCGAAGUUUGAAGGAGAGCGGGGAUUGGCUGGGCGUACAAGGAGCCGAUCCGUACUCGGGACAGUUCCCGGUUCUAACGCCAACGGAUACGCCCAGCUCAGAAACGACAAGCACUUCUACCCGGCAUAGAAUAGUGAGCUUAACACGAAAGAAAAAGGCUGCAAAACUCGAGUAUGAGCAAGUUAGACUAUUAGAAGAGCAAGAGAAGGACAAGGCUAGGUUGGACAAGGAACAGGCCAAGCUCAACAAGAUCGAACGUGUAAAGGAAGAGCUUAGGCGCCAACACCAAUUCACCAGAUGGAGCCAACAUAAACGUCAAUGGUCAUCCGCUGCCGAACCUAACCUAAGUCCCAUUGCUCAGUCCUUGGAUAGUGUGGCUCUAGGAAGCAAUCCUGAUGAGACCACAUCAACCGUUCCAAACUUCUCUCGCCCUACUCGUCCACCAGUUUCGGGCAAGUCUACUCUACCAGGACGACACAGUUCUGAUAGUACACGACCUCAGGGGCAUAGGCAGCUCGACCAAUCGACCGACACGGUCAUUCAUAAUGAACCCGAUAUCGAUAAUAAGCCAGGGUCUAUUCCAAGGCCGGCUACUCAGCCGUCUGGAACACAUCUUGACGUUGAGCAACCAGAAAUUGUGAGAGUAAAGAGCGAGAGACAUUUUUUAUGGAGACGCCGACGGGAAACCGACCCGGGGAAAUCCACCGCAAACAUAGUUGGAGAGCGCUUAAUGUCUCUGGCAUCGCAAGGCCGGAGGUCCAACUCGAUCGAACGCGCGCGAAAGGACCACUUCGCCGACCUGGCAAUUCCGGAUUAUCGUCUCCACCUCCUGUCUCCAGAGACAGUAGAUACAACCGACAGCCAGUCGACUAUCUCGGACGACUCCCCACUAAUGACACCCAAUCACAGCUUCCUGGGGAUCAUAGGCGGAAACAGGAUAGCUCUAUCCUCGACCACAAACCUAGUUCACCUACAAGAGGCCAACAGGUCCAGCAAAGACUUAAGCACAACAAUCACAGUGACCUCAUCUCAGCCGAAGCUAAAGGGAAUCAUGAAGCAUCCAUCCGGAGGCGGAAGCCUAGUCCCAAGCCUCUCAGUUACGGCCCAACCCGAGAUCAUAGAGAGGCAGCAGGCAUCACCUCUAAGUUUCGACGUGAUCCAGGACCAUGCCGUCGAGAGCUUUUCGAGGCAUGCCACAAAGAUCCAGCACGAACUCCCACAGAUGCAUUCGCACAUAGAUCUACAGGAGAAGACCAGCUUCGAGCGAGCAGACAGCACACUUCAUCGCACAGACAGCCACAUCAAGCCAGUCCGGAGGGAAUCUGUGUCCAUACCCAUCACCACCACUACUGGCUACGCUCCCGGUCAGCAGAGCCUACCCUCCUCGCCACGGUCAAGACGGGAAAUCGGGUCCCACCAGAACAACGGAAGUUUUGCGACCCCGACGUCCUCAUGUCAACAGGAACACAUUGCCAAGACAUCCCCGGUAUUGAAGAGCGACAGGACAUCUUCCCCUCCCAUAACACCACGGAGAGGCUCGCUGAAUCUCGUGCUCGGCCCAGAGACACCCGAGAUCGGUACCAUAUCAUCAACUCACCAUGUGGAGCUCGAGAAGAAACCACCGACCAGAGUUUCGACCCCGACAACCCCAAGGCUGUCCCGAAUCCUCCAGCUGAAUGCCGAGAAGAGGGAGGCAGAGGAGCAGAAGGAGCAGAAGGAAAACGCCACAAUCGAAAAGGCAGAGCCCAUCAGGAUUCAUGUUCCAAAACUCGUAGAAAGCAAGGGGAUCCUCAGGCAGAAUUCACGAUCCCAGAGAUUAGAUCAGGAACAGCACAGCACGAGCCCGAUACCAAUCCCGGCGGUGACCAUGCAGGACUACCAUCCGCGUUCACGACCCGAGGAACGAAGGGGAAGCAUAGUAGAAGAGAAUGCCAAAAAGCCCGCGUUGCGUUCCAAGUCGAGGGAGAAAGUGCGAAGCAAGUCGAUCGAUCGCAAGGCGAGCCGAACGCCCAGCCCGGGCAAAAGCAAGCCAGCAGGGAGCAACAGGAUGACGGCGGAGUCAAAGCACUCGCUUCCACUCAAGCGUGUAAAGAAGAAGAGGGCCAACGAAGACGGCGGAGGCAUUGGGGUUCCUUCCAAACCUGAACACGUCAGCAGGAACACGAACCUAACGCAGUACAACAAGGGCAAUCCAGUCGAGUACGCCGAGAAACCUAUUGCAGGGAUAUCAGCGGUGCACAUCUGCAAGAUGGUCUACAUUGUGUUCCUCGGGCUGGCCUGCACCUGGUGGAUGAUGGUUCAGCCCGCUUUCGAUCAGCAAAGUGAGCUGUGGAAACGGAGGCACAGGAAGGAGAGUACGUGGAACGAUGUGGGCAUAUUCGCGUCAGCGGGAAUGUCCUGCCUUGCCGGCGCUUUAGGCGGGUGGCUUGCGUUGAGAAUGGUCUGCUGGAUUUUCUAGGUUUACUCAUUGUUGAGUUCUUUUUUUCGGUAUUCACGUGAACGAAUACAAGGACAGGCGAAUAGAAUUAUUCUCGUACGGUUUGAAUGGUUACCUUAUGCAGCUUGGAGUCUUCGACACUACUAGGCACGGUCUAGAUCCUGGAGCCCCAUGGCACUAGGUUACUAUAAGACGUAGCAUAUGUACAAAGUAAGGACA